ACAUCCAAAAAUAUUUAAUACGUUUCAGUUGGUAUUCUAUAGUUUAGCAGUGCGAUUAAAAUUGCAAUUCAUCACAAUUAAUUUUUUAAAUUGUGACUAAUUUUUUGAGUUAAUCGCAUGAGUUAGCUGCGAUUAAUAGACAGCCCUAAAUAACUAUAUCAUGGCAUCUUUUCUAUGCAUUCAGUACCUUAUUAAAACAUAACUGCUAAUAAACAUUUGUAUAAGAGAGGUUAAGUAUCAGUCUUGUUAGCAAUGAGAACUAUGCCCGUGAGGUCAGUAGGGUUAAACAUGUUAUUUGCUGAUGGUGAACCUAGCCCAGAGUUUCACUCUUCUUAAUCCCACAAUUUGGCAAUUUUAAAUGCAUUAGUGCUGGAGUUGGGACCACAGCAUUACUGAAUUGCUGUGUACUUGGCUAACUGCUUAACCUCGCUGAACCUCUGCCCGUUUGUAAAAGGGAAAUAUCUACCUCUGAGGAUGGUGUGAGCGGUAUAUCUUUAAUACUUAAUAUCUGGAUGAAUAUAUUAUUAUAUAACAGUAUUCUGAUGCAGUAAAAAUACUUUAAAUUAUUUAAACCAUUUUUAAUUAGCAGUGCCAUAAGGUUUUUUUUUUUUUCCUAAAUAUUUAACAAAGCUUAGGAAGCAAUAUGAAAAUUUACACGGAAGUUCCACUGAAAUGACUGGGAUACUCCAACUAUUGGUUAAAUAAAUUAUUAUUUAAACAAAAAAAUUAAAAUAGGUUAUCAAUUUUAAAUACAUUUAUGUUAAGGCCUGAAUGUAUUAUAAUGUAUUAAUCAAUUGAAUAAAAUAUGAAUCAGUAAAUGUUUGCUGCUGAAGUUUUAAAGAAAAUCAAACUUCUGUAUUGGUGGAAGUCUUUCGAUAAGCACCUGGAAUGAGAGUAUGUUGAAGUGCUAAUCCAGUUUUUGACAGCAGUAGCCUUUUCUACAGGUGAAUGAGAGAAUAUUUUCUUUUCAGUUUAUUCAACCAGGUCAGUUCAAUGGUUAGUUUAUUCAAAGUUAAGAAACCAGUGGCAGUUGAAAAAGCAGGAAAGCUUGUUUUCCUCUUCUACUAUAUGAAUACAAAUUAGGUGUCAGACAAUGAGAUCAAAAAUCUUGAAGGUCAUUGUGACCAGAAACAAUCAAUUAAAUCCACUAGUUACAGGUAAUAUUUCCUUUGUUUAAUAAAUCAAUUAGUUUUAAAUGUAGAACAUGUUUUGAUAAACUUACUUUUUUCUUAUAUAUCCAGCAUAACCAAGGUAGUUUUAUAUAACUAAUAAAGGAAUUAAUUGUGGUUUUUGUGCGUUUUCAGUUGAACUGUAGUUUUAUCCUAAUAAAGCUUGACACAAAUCAUGAGGAAAAAUUAAUCUAGUAAAUAAGAACUGCAUAAAUCAUCAUUUUCUAGUGUAAAAAUUAAGAAUAUGAAAUGUGUUAAGCUAUAGAAUUGCUUAAAUAAAUAUUAUUACUUCUGGGAGAAUUCUGCACCACACAGAAUUCAUAUCCCCCGCAGAUUUCUUUGCUUCCCUGCAGAAAAUGAUGGGGAAGCAAAGGAAAAUUGAAGAGUUGUCACCUCUCCCUGGUAACACAGGCGCUUUGUUUCCAUCACCCAGAGCAAGAUGGCAGAGAGGUGAACCUAGAGAUGUACCUGCUGUACACUGAUGACCAAGGCUUGGUCUACAUUUAAAAUUGAAGUUAACCUAGCUACAUUGCCCAGGGGUGUGAAAAAUCCACAUCCCUGACUGAGGGUGAAUCCUCUCCAGAGUUUACUUUUGGAUGAAAGCAUGCUCUCUUUCCAGUAGAAGAUGGUGACCCUGAAGUAUGAUCAUGGAGAAGGGGAUGAGUUCAGUAGAAGUGUUACCUUCCAAAUCAUCCCAGGUUACUGCUGUGAAGGUGAUGGUGAAGGAGCAUGAAACAAAAUCAAUCCAAAAAGGGAAACGAGUGGGAUUUGUGCUUGUACAUGCAGGUGCAGGUUAUCAUUCUGAAUCCAAAGCUAAAGAAUACAAACAUGUUUGCAAAAGAGCCUGUCAAAAGGCAAUUGAAAAACUACAGGCUGGUGCUCUUGCAACUGAUGCAGUGACUGCGGCACUAAUUGAACUAGAGGAUUCCCCCUUUACAAAUGCAGGAAUGGGAUCUAACCUAAACCUUUUGGGUGAGAUAGAAUGUGAUGCCAGUAUAAUGGAUGGAAAGUCAUUAAAUUUUGGAGCAGUUGGAGCACUGAGUGGAAUCAAGAAUCCUGUUUCAGUUGCAAAUAGGUUGUUGUGUGAAGGGCAGAAGGGAAAACUCUCUGCUGGCAGAAUUCCACCUUGCUUUUUGGUUGGUGAAGGAGCUUACAGAUGGGCAGUUGAUCAUGGGAUACCAGCAUGUUCUCCAGGUAUCAUGACUACAAGGUUUAGUUUAGCAGCUUUUAAGAGGAACAAAAGGAAGCUGGAGCUGGCAGAAAAGGUGGAAACAGAUCUUAUUCAGCUAAAGAAAAGAAGACAAUCAAGUGAAAAGGAGAAUGACUCAGGAACACUGGAUACAGUUGGUGCGGUCGUUGUUGACCAAGAAGGAAAUGUUGCUGCUGCUGUCUCCAGUGGAGGCUUGGCUUUGAAGCAUCCUGGAAGAGUUGGUCAGGCAGCUCUUUAUGGAUGUGGCUGCUGGGCUGAAAAUAUUGGAGUUCAUAACCCUUAUUCCACAGCUGUGAGUACUUCAGGUUCACCUUUUCUAGCCAGUGAAGAUGGUGUACUCGGUGGAGUAAUAGUUCUUCGAUCUUGCAGAUGUUCUGCAGAGCCUGACUCUUUACAAGAAAAGCAGACUCUACUAGUGGAGUUCUUGUGGAGUCAUACAACAGAGAGCAUGUGUGUAGGAUAUAUGUCUGCACAGGAUGGCAAAGCAAAGUCUACAGUGAUUGAGAAUUCCUUCCUCAUGGUCUCUGCUCCAGGACCAGUGCUAGGAAAAUGUAGACUGAUCCCGAAAACAUUUGUAAUGGGCUGCCAAAAGUUUCUCAUUUUGGCACAUUGUAAGCAGUGGGUCUUGACAGCUUUUGUGUCACUUCGUUUAUUAAAAUAAUUUACCUUCCCCACAUACCAUAUUUGUUGUGUGGUUGAAUGUUCAUGGUGUUUUAUUAAAAACCUCUCCAUAGUUCCACAAAUCUUAAAAUAUAUCAUUAAUUUGUGAUUCCUCUACACAUCUCUCUCCCAGAGAAACCUGAGUUAUUGGUUUCAUCCCAUGCUGUUAGAAGUUGCUCAUUACGUCACUUCCUCCAUUUUCAAGGCAGCUAAUUGGGCAAAACACUGGUCCAUUUUUAAAGACUCCCUCCCUUUGUAAUGGGUGAUCCUUGAGAUGCCUAAAUGUUUAGCCCAUCUGCUGUUAAUUUCACUGGCUCAAGGCUCCUUACCAUGACUGGACUUGCAAGGGUUUACAAAAACUGGUUUCUAUAAAAAUCCAGGGGACAGAUCCUGAAAUGAGGGACAGUCCUUUCAUUUAGGGACAUAUGAUGACCUGCCCUGAUCAACUACUCAAUUCUUAGGUGCCAGUUGAUUCUGAUAAAACCAAGAAGCCGAGAGAUCUGCAUGUUUUCCUUCUGAAAUCUGAUUAAUCCUCAUAUAAUAAACUGAAUCCCAGUAGGUAAGGUUUCAUGUUUAGUACGUAUGCAUGACUGACUGACUGGGACUCAAGUGAGCUAAAUGUAGCUAGCAGUGUAGUUCUCGACAAACUAAUUUAAGUGUUUAUUACUCCUUUUCACACACUGCAAUUUCCUUUUUCUUUAAUGAGAAUGCAGGUACCAACUGUUUAAUUGUGGUUUUAUUGAUAGAUUCACUUUUCAUGGAGAUCUGCAAGUUAAACAUUUGCCUAGAAAUAGUCUGUUUCCUGGCCAUCACAUUCCAACUACAGAAGCCCUGCAUGUUAAAAAUACCCAUUGCAUGAGUUAUAGCAACAUUUUAAUAAAUACUUUACAAAAAUAAUGCAAGUUUUUAAAUCACUGACAACUCCUUAUCCCUUCCCCCCCAAAAAACUCUUUAAAGAAUAGCUUUUUCUGUAUAAUACUGUGCAGUCAGGAUAUGCUGGAAGGAAAAAGAAUUAAGAAGGUAACUUAUUGUACCCCAGUGAAUAUGUUCAAAAGUCUAUAUUCGUUUCUCCUUUUUAAAAAGUGCACUUAUUUCUUUAUAGCAGAACCCUUCUAAUUACAUGUAAGAAUUAAGAAAUCCCAGUUAUCGCCUAGGUUUUUGUCAACAUCCUUUUCCUUUUAACUGCACUCUUCAGUCUCAGCAGAUUUUGGCCCUUUAGCCCUUGAUCCUGCAAAGACUUACUUACACUGUUUCUUUCUUUGUACACACUGUGUGGCAGAUUCUCUAGUGUGAAUUGUCACGACUACAUUCUCUUCCAUGGAGCUAUGACCAUUCAUAGCAGCUGUAGAUCUGCCCCUGUACAUAGUCCCAUUGAAGUCACUGACUAUGCACAGUGUGGGAAGUUAAGCACAUUCAUACGUCUUUGCAGAAUCCAAGGCCUUAUUUUGGAUUCUUUUGGUGUAGCCCAAAGGAACAUGGCAGCUGCAUCUCCUGGAAACCCUACCACAUAUAUACAGCUAACACCUGAGGGACUGGAAGGGCAAUGGAAGCUUCAUCUGAGAAUGAUUAAUGUUGGUUUAUUGACCUUCAGCAUUUCUACCUGUUUUCUCCUCCAAUAAUCAAGAUCUUUCCCUCCCAACAAUCCUUCCCCUCUUCUUAAAGAUAUGAUUAAAUACUUUCAUUAAUACAGCUCCAAUGAAAGUGUUUUUUUUAACAGCUGUGUUUAUAUUAAAUAAGUUACAUAUAAAAACUGUUUAUGAGAGUUUAA